AGAGUACCAAAGUGACAGGACAGAAAUACGUACAGCAAAUGUUAAAGAAGUCGAAAAAGAAAAUAUUUGUGCGAUAAUGGCCGCUUCGGGAGGAAAUAUCGAGUGGUCUACUACAGUUAAACCAAUAUUAACAGCUUUGUACGGCCCAUUUUUCGACAAAAAUGAUGCUGCAGAAAUAAUACAAUCGAUCCUCAAAAGUGAAAACGAGUUUCAGAACCAUGCUGAAAGAUACGAUCUCUUCUACACAUGUUUUGCGUGCCUAUCCGCGCAUUUUAUCACUGUCAACGCUUCAAACUUGUCGCCCGAUCAGCUAGGGCCAGCACGCGAUGCGUUCCGCGUAAUCCUACGACAGAUCCUCAAGAAACUAUCCGAGGCAGGACUCAGCUAUGAGGACUCUACCACUACCGCUGCUACAAAUGUGUCCGUUAAGCAGCUCCUACUCCCCAUCGUGGGUCUAUGCGGUAUCGAAGGGGGCGGCUACCCCCAACUGGACCUGGUCAUCCUCACGUCGCUGCUCAAGAGCGCCAAACUGCCCGCUCACGUCAUCAUACCUGACGCCGCCACAACAUCAACAACACAGCCGACCGCGGCUGAGAAGCAGGCCGUUUCCAACACGCAGCGCCGCUCUGACGCGCUACUGGAACAGCUGACUGAGCCUCUGAAGACCUCCGGCUCGGUGCUGGCGCCGCACGCGGCCGCCACCGACGAGGACAGCGAGACCGCCCAGCCACAAGCUGAUAUCAAGAAAUGGGUGUCCACCACGGCCGCAUCACUCCUAAUGGAACUCAGAGCGGGUUCAGUGAUUCUCAAAGUGUGCUCAGCUCUGCCGUGCCUACAACGGUAUCUGAGCCGCUGGGAAACGGCCAAGGAGACGGCGGUCUCUCCACAGUUCAACUCUGACGCGUCACUGCAACACUUCCUCGUGAACGAAGUGCUGGUGUGUCGCCUCGCGCUGUCGCUGCCUUGCCUCGAGCCAUUCAACGCCGAGCGUAUAUCGACGCUCAGUGACGUCAGCACCGCUUGGCUUCUCUGUGCUACUGCCCAGGCAUCCUUACACCCGAAGGAUGAGGAGAGCGAACAGCAAACAGCGAGCCUCGUCGAAAGCGCGCUCAGCUUGUAUCAUACAGUUGGAGAGACAUUCCGGGAGAGUACCAGAGCGGGAGGCUAUGUCUACCAAAACCAUCUAAUGAUCGGCGGAUGGGUGCUCCUCUGCGGGCUGCAUCACGCGCUGGCCGGCGCCCCUCUGGUCACAUCCACACCCGGAAAAAGCCCAGCCAAGACACCGUCACGACCAUACAAUUUGACCAAAAUGCAACAAGGCCUCGGCGCGGUCUGGGUGGCGCUCGGCGGCCGUUGCCUCGCGUGGCUCGGCGCCCUACUUUCCGACGCACGUCUAGAAGCCCUAAGCGGCGGUACAACGGGCACUAGUGCCCCGGCGCCUCUCUUGAUCCUCGGGCAGCACACUGCGCACGAGAGGGAGCUGCGGCUCGCCAGCGCCGCGCCUGUACACCAGCUCCUCGUCGCUCUCGGCGUCGUGUGCUACCGCAAAGCGACCAACCUCAAGCGCACGGUGGUGCAGAAACAGAAUGCGGACGCCGACCCGGAGCGGUCCGACUCCACAGUCUACUUCCAAGACAUGACCAUGUGCUCUGAAGACUCGGAGACUGACGAUGACAGCGAGCUGCUAUUCGGCCUCUGGUUCGAGUCUACCCUGGCCGCCGCCAACGCCACAGAGAAUACGAGCAUCGCCCGCACCGGCGGCGCUGACGGGUCAGACGCCGCGGAGCAGCCUUCGAGGCCUCAUCAGGCACUCGUGCCGGACAAAUCUGAGCCUUAUUCUUACAUCCGACUGGCGACUGAAGUGUUCACACUACUGACGGCGGAGAUCAUAAGCCCAGGCUCAGAGCGGCUUGGACAGAACGCAUUACAACUGCACGACGCGCACCAAGCGCUGCUCGCGGCGCUGGCCAAGGAUCUGGACCGGGAGACGGCGCGCACUGACACAGGCACCAUAUCACCCUGCUUCGGCCCCCGCAUCUGCGCGCUCUACGCCUCCUUCAGUUCCGCGCUAGUGCGCUACUUGCACAACCUAAUCAGCGCGCCCGGCUUCGCGUCGCUCCAACCGGCGCUGCACCAGCAGCUGACGAGCGGCACCGAGCGCGGCAACAGCACGCCACUACAGGUGGGCCCGCGAGUCGUGAAGCUCCUCGGCGGCAUGGUGCUAGCCAAGCCGGCGGUAGAAAGAGAGAACAGCAUCCUCGCGAUGUGGCACAAGAUCGUGAAUACGCUGCAGGAAUGCGCGCUGCAGCCGCAGCCAUCACAGGACCACGACUAUGAAGAUUUGAACGUGGAACACGCACAGCUACUAGUCUACCUGUUCCAUUCGCUAACAUUGAUGCAGAAAAAGUCUGUUCUCCUUAUGACAUCAAACGCUAUUAUUAAAGUCGUAGAAACACUGGCCAUAAGCGACAGGAAGCGAGCGAUGACGCUGGCUCCACACCAGCUCAUCUUGACCACGAGGCUGAUGCUGCUUUUAGAAUACCUCAUGAGGCACCUGUAUGAUGCCCCGCAGACGUUACUGCAACAGAUCGAAUGGAACCUCGUAAUAGCAACAGGCCUCGUGCAGUCGCACACCGAGUCCGCCAAUGCCAAAACGACCACAGAGAGCGGUCAGAUGAAGACGCGCAUAUACUGCGAGGUGCCGCACAUUGAGACCGCGUACCGACGGCUGUCGUUGAGCGAGACCUCGAUGCGACCCAAGUUUUAUGCGCUGACCAACUCGGAGAUUAAUAAUCAGGAAAACCCAAAAUUCGACGGGUUAGCAUGCAACUUUGUGCUCGGCACGCCACACAAGCUGAAAUACCCGCUGCUACUUGACGCUCUGCUGGCACUUCUCAACUCCGCUUGCGUUUGCGACAAUCCCGCGUCGCUGUCGUCUCCGGCCGCGCUCUCGGCGGCGCACUACUGCUUCCAGACUGCGUGGAGGCUCGUUGUGAGCAUGCCACCAGCGACGCCCCAUAUGGACAAACUCCAAGCCGGCACGCAAGCCGACCUGCCGUCACCACUGCCGCUCCACGCCAUCAUCUGGGCCCCGAGGGCUGAUAACAAGAAGGUUUUCAAUCCCUGGCUGAAGGACGCGCUGGUCAAGCAGGGCAUGUAUACACAGUAUGCGGAAAACUUGCUCGCUGGAGUGAGUACGUCGUGCGACAACAUGAAAUACCACCUCUGGCUCGCCGGGGAAACUAUCAAGCAUCUCAAGGAUAAUAUUACGCCGAAUGGUCUACCAGCGCUGCUGGACGUAAUAUCAUGCGAUGCGGCGUUAGUACGCCUGAAGCAUAGCCUGGGAGACGGCGCGUGCGCUGAGGUGCAGGAGUUCAUUCCUGACUUGCUGAGCCUGCUGGAGACCGCGUUCGAGUGCUGUCGACUAAGCGCCGAUUUCGAACUAGAAGGGCUGAUGGAGAGCUCCAACAAUCCGUCAAAGGCGGCCGUCCGCCGCGCCCGCAUGAUGGUCAGCGGGACCAACAUGCCGGCGAUCCUCGCGUCCAACACGCUCGGCUGCUGGCUCAGCAUGCAGCUGCCGACCACCGCGGCCGCCGCGCUCGAGCGGCUCUGCUCGCCCCCGCCGAUGGCCGCAGUCAACAUGGAACAAUAUCAAUCCCACAUCAUACCGCUAGAGAGCGCUGUCCUAGCCCUGGUCGCCUCCCACAUCGAACUCAUCAGCGCCAACCAGAAAUACUCCAUCGGCAUGUCUCUGAUGACGCUCGCGUACUCCGCGGCGAAACUUCUAGAGAUCGCCGCGCCGAAGAUAGCCGAGAAUCCUACUUUAAUGAAGAGGACGCUGGAUCUCGUGGUACCUGCUUUGACUGACGGCCGCCUACAAUUCAUGUCUCCCGAGCCACUCGGCGCUACACUGAACAUUCUAGUGCCCGUAGAAACUAAAUCCGUGCAACUCAUACACGAGCAUAUACUGAAGACGACGUAUCCUGUGCUGGUCGAUCACUUGCAGCGGUCUACUGAGAAGACACUGCGGCACAUGGUAAACUACUGGGAGAAAGCCCUAACCAAGGCCGAGGGCCGGCUAGCAUACGAGACCGUGUUCGCCGACGAAUCCGAAUACGUCCUCGCGAAGAUUCUCCUGUCCGUGCCCAACGCGAGGGUCGCGUACGCAGAGAAAGUUAUUGAUUUAUUCAUAAAGAUCUUCGCUGGCUGUGAGAACAACGAGCUCAGCAGCUCCCUCUGCAUAUCGAUAUGCAAAUACAUCGGCGUCGCGGAUCAACAGAAGUUGGCCAGUCUGCUGUCUCACAUUUGUACCAUCACAGGCGCCAAGCGCUCAGCGAAUGCAUCCCCCACCGAAACCGAGCUUCCCACACCAACAUCCACGGCGCCCGAAGGAGGCGCCCACGCGUCGCUAGCGCUCCGCAACGCGCUGCGCAGCGUGUUUAGGACAGAGGGUGAAGCACCCGCGCGGACUGGAGCCCCGGACGCGCCGGCAGGAUCAUCCCAAGCGACGAGAACUGCGGAGGCAGAAGAGAGCUGGGUGGACAGCGAAACAGACAAGACAGUGCUCGUCGAAGAGGCCGCUGCCCUCGACAAGACGAUACUGCUCACAGACGUCGCCAGCGACAACGCGGCACUCCUCACCGCUAUAUGCAAGCACAUCGUGCAACAUUGCGAUGACCAAGUGAGCGAGCGCACGCUGGCUGCGUUAAUCACCGUGUGCGGCGAGAACGCAUGCGCGCCCCUGCUCAUGAAGGAGAUGUGCCGAUUGGCGGACGCCCACUCCGGCGGCGACCACAAGCAGCUGUUCCCGGCGGCGCAGGGCUGGCUGACGACAUGCGUCAACAAACUAAGCGCUCCCGAGGUCUUGGAAAAGCUUGAAGAGGGACAAGUGGAUGAGACCCUGGCGCCGCAGAUAGAGUCGGCCUGCGUUCUACUCUCAUACAUUGCAGACGCUUUGCACGCCAUCAACAACUCACAGCCGCCAAAUUGGCGAUCGGUCAGUCCGACAUGGGAGGCGCCGUACGACCUCGGCUUCGACUUGGACUACGCUGACGAACAGCAGGACGAUGAUGAUACCAGCGCUGAUGACUCCGACGAGGAUGCCAUGCUCCAAUACAAACUAUGCACCUUCACCGUGACCCAACGCGAGUUCAUGAACCAGCAUUGGUAUCACUGCCACACGUGCAAGAUGGUGGACGGCGUCGGUGUAUGCACAGUGUGCGCACGAGUAUGUCAUCGCACACAUGACGUGUCCUAUGCCAAGUUCGGCAAUUUCUUCUGUGACUGCGGCGCGAAGCCUGAUUCUAGCUGCCAAGCUCUAGUGAAGCGCUCCGUGACGCUAGGAGGCGCCCGCUCGGGCGGUGAAGAAGCCCCCCCUGCGCCCUCUUACCGCCGCCGCCCCUCCAGCCCCAUACCGCCCGCGCUGCUCGCGCCGCCGCGCCGGCCUGUGCUCGCCGCCAACAUACAAGGCUGUCGCCAAUACCUAGCGUCGUACCCAGGCUGGGGCGCGUGCAUGGACAAGGUCCGUAAGCUCCUCGACGUGUUGUCCGGCCCGGUGCGAGCGGCGUGCGAGCGCGGCGCAGCAGUCGGCGCGCACGGACGCGCUCAGCGCGCAUUAGCACAGCUCCAUUUAGGCGAGAAGAGAUUCGUGCAUACUGACAACCUUAUGGUGCCGACACUGGGUUCCCAAGAGGGUGCGUUCGAAAACGUCCGCAUGUCGUACACCGGCGAGAACGGCCAGACGAUCCGCCAGCUCAUGUCGAACCACAAGCUGCGCCGUGUCGCGAUGUGCUGUUUGGCGUCGCCGCAGGGCCGCCGGCAGCAUCUCGCCGUGUCGCACGAGAAAGGAAAAAUCACCGUACUCCAGCUAUCCGCCCUGCUCAAACAGGCGGACUCGUCCAAACACAAACUGACCCUCACUCGGCUUUCAUCGGCACCCAUACCGUUUACCGUUCUCACGCUGAGCGGUAACCCGUGGAACGAAGAUUUGCUCGCGGUGUGCGGUAUUAAGGAGUGCCACGUACUGACGUUCAACAGUGGAGGCACAGUGGCAGACCACCUAGUCAUCAACACCGGUCUAGAGGCCAACAACUACAUAAUCAAGGCGCUCUGGCUGCCCGGCUCGCAGACGCAGCUCGCGCUGGUGACGUCGGACUUCGUCAAGAUAUUUGAUCUCAGCAAGGACCUCAGCAAUCCUGUCCAUCACUUCCUGGUCCCUAGCGGAAAGGUCCGAGACGUGACGUUCGUGAACCAAGAAGGCGUGAUGCACAUGAUAUGUAUGAGCUCGGCCGGCCACAUGUACUGGCAACCCACAAGUGAAGAGUCACGGGCCUCUCUUGGCACUUUCUACAUUACUAACACACUGGAGGUUCUGCAUCCGGAGAUACAGGACGUCGCAGGCAUGGUCGGCGGCGGCGGAGUCUCCGUGUACUACUCGCACACGCUCAAAAUGCUGUUCUUCUCAUAUGCUCACGGCAGGAGCUACCUCGCGCCGUUGAGCACUGUCGAAGACAGCGUCAAAGGCACCGCAUUGAUCCCGCAAUCCCUAGCCACCCCGCCCAAAGAAGGCGGUCGCGGGGGCGGCAAGCAGGGCGGCGUCCAGGCCCUCUGCCAAUGGGCGGAGGUCCCCGGACACCCAGGCCUGGUCACAGCUGUGCUGCAGGCUUCCAACAACCCUGUCGUGCUCAUGCUCACGCCUAACAACAUCUUCGUUCAGGAGAUCAAGGUCAUCCCAGCCAAAGCCAAGAUCACAGACAUGGUGGCCGUCCGCCACUGGUGCGGCGGCGGCGGCGAGCAGAAGAGCACCCUCAUUCUCCUCUGCGAAGACGGCAGCUUGAGGAUGUAUGCAGCCAGCCCAGAGCAUACGGGCUUCUGGCUGUCGCCUACGAUACAGCCGACGCAUGCGCCGCGGCGCAGGCCGAGAGCGCUCACGCAUUCUAAAGGGAAAGCUCAGCAGGCGGCCUCAUCAAAGUCCAACUCCAACGGCUCCCCGCAGUUUCCCAUCGAUUUCUUCGAACACUGCGUCGCCAUGUCCGACGUCGAGUUUGGAGGCAAAGACCUCCUGCAGGUCUACAAUACAGCUCAGAUCAAGCACAGGCUAAAUACUACAGGAUUGUACGUGGUGUCCACCAAGAUGACUGGAUUCUCCGUUGAAGUGAUAAACUCUGACCCGAACAUGGUCAUUUGUGGUAUAAGAGUUUUACUCGGCAGUCAAGACGUUGCCAGGACACCCACUUAUAUUGAGAUCCUCGGCCGUACAAUCCCAACCGUGGUCAUCCGCAACCGCUGGUUCGACAUACCCCUCACCCGCGAGGAGUCCCUUCAGUCGGACAAGAAGAUCGUCAUCAACUUCGGACCCUCGCAGGACCCCGACGGCAUCUCUAUGGUGGACUCCGUCAAGGUGUACGGGAAGAAUAAGGAACAGUUCGGGUGGCCUGAGGAGAAUGAGGACCCGUCAUCGUGUCCGUCUUCUAGCAAGACUACACAGGAAACCGAAGGCGCCGCCGGCGCAUGGAAGCCCAGCUCCCUCGAGCGCCUAGCGUGCGCCGCUCUCGAAGCGCUCGAGCUCGGCGCCGGCGCGCCCGUGUCGUCACUGGCCGCGGCCGGCGCAGAAGGCGGCGCGGAGGCGGCUCGCAAGUUGCUCUGCGCGCCGGCCAGCGCCCACCUUCACGCCAGAGCCCAGUGCCUGCUGCGGGCCGUGCACCACCAGCACUACCACCAGUACAAGGACCAAGCAAUCCUGAACUACGUAUGCUCAUCACUACGAGACCUGCGCGCGACCUGCGACCCUCGCAACAUCGAUCCCGAAGCGUUCUUCCGUCUCGUUCUACUAGCGAGAGGGGUAGCUGUCGCUCGCCCCGCGCAUCUUGUCAAAUACAGCGCGCCAACACCACAGCGACCAGCCGAUGGGGACUGGACAGCCCUCUGGAAGGACUCUGAUGACAGCAAAGACCUUCACGUCAUAGCGCUGCUCUCCAGCGUGCUGUGGCGGCUGGCGGCGUGCCGUGGCGCCGCGGGCGGCCCGCCCGGCGUGCUGAGCUACGGGCUGCGGCACGUGGAGCACACGCUGCACGCGCUCGCGGACAUCGUGCACGCUUUCCAGCUGCACGCGGAGCCGUGCUGCGUUGACUUCGGCAAUCAAAUCUACCUGUCUCUACUGCUAGCUGAAGACCAGAGCAUCAGCUUCGGCACAAAGGCGGCCAUAAUGCGGGUCCUCCGCCCUAGAGUCAAGAGGCGACGAGUGUACAUACCUUCACCACCUAACACACCGGGAGUCGGUCCAUCAAGCUCAACAGUGGCGAACGUCGCCCACGCGUCCUCCACCGUGGUCGAGGCCAUAGUAUCCGCGGUGGAGAUGUCCCAGGCUGAACACGAGCAGAAUCAAUACAUGGACGUGGACGACUCGUUAGAGCCUAUGGUGCUGCUUGCACCUGAUGGAGGGCUAGACGCUCUCCUCGACAUCCCGCCAGACGCCGACGACGAGACGAUGGUGGAGCUGGCCAUAGCGCUGUCACUACAAGAGCAACCGCGCCGCGCGCCCCCUGCACCCUCCGCGCCUCCACCGCCCGCGCCCGGCUUCAGCGAUGCCACUGCGUCCCCGCCGGGCUCUGACGACGAAGGCAGCACCGCAGCCACCGAUGGCAGCACGCUCCGCACUUCACCCGCCGAAGCGCCCGGCUCCGCGGGCUCCGAGAGCGGCGGCUCCGGCGCCGACAGCAUCGGUGGCGUGUCCGGCCGUAGCAGCGCUUAUGGGGACGUAGUGUCCACGCCUUCAGCGGGCGCGGUCGCGUCGUCAAACGUCAUCGUGGCCACUUCUAUGACAGCCGGCGCGUCAACCUCCCUGUCUCAACCCGGCGCGUCCACAUCGCGCACAGCCGAGCUUGAGACCGAGACGCGCAAGUUGCACGCGCUGCGGCUGUCUCUGCUCUCCGCCGCUCUGGACGCGCUGCCCACGCUUCGCACGCUUCCCGGCGUGCGCGCCAUACCGUUCGUGCAGGUGGUCCUAAUGCUGGCCGGCGACCUGGAUUCCACCGUGGAAGCGGACCGCGCGGUCCUCGAGCGCCUCCUAGAGCUGCUCGUGUCCGAACUGGACAUGGGCACGGACGAGGACGCGCCCGCCAUCACACCCCCCGUCCACGAGCGGACCAACCGUCGCGAGCUGCAGUUGGUGGUGAUGCGGCUGCUCAGUGUCCUAAUGGCCCGCUGGAAGUCGACCUCCUCCGGCAGCACGACGGCGCGCGAGGGCUCCGGCGCCGCCUGCGCCGCCCACGUGUCCCGCCUCGCCGCCGCCGCGCUCAUACGGGCCGGAGCGCCCCUGCACUGCUACAGGGUGUUGGCUGCCUUGUUACCUUACUGGAAGGACAAGACUGCCAACGCGGGCACAACGACGCCUACAGCGCAGCUGCUGAAGCCGCAAGCGCCGCACCCACUGCCUGACAUGCAGCCAUUCUUCGUCAAGGAAUACGUUAAGAGCCACGCGCUAGACGUGUUCGACAACUACCCCCAACUGCUGAUGGAGAUGGCGCUCCGCCUGCCGUGCCAGAUCCACAAGCACUGUGAGCCCGUGCACUUCGACUCGCGCUGGCGCACGCUGCUCUGCGAGUACAUGAUGAACCAGCAGACUCCGCUCAGGAAACAAGUCCGCAAGCUGCUCCUCUUGCUGUGCGGCACCCGCGACCGCUACCGCCACACCCGCGACGUUCACGCGCUCGACACUCAUCUGAACGCCGCCAAAGCGCUGCUACAGACUGACCCGGCCUACGACAGGCUUGUACAACUCAUGGACCAUUUGAAAGCGUGCGCAGAGAUCGUGAGCGCCCGCACCGGCAACUGGCAGCACACGUGCGCCACGGAGCGCAGAGAGGCGCUCGCGUGGUUGGUGCGCUGCGCGCGGCGCGUGCACCCGCACGUGGCGCCCACCGUGCUGCAGCUGCUGCAGGCCGCGCUCACCGACACCAAGCCGGAGAAGACCCCAUCAGCGUCAGCGUCGACCUCCGAAUGGCAGGAGCGCGAGCGCAGCGCGGACAGCGACGCGUUCGUUUCCGACGGCUCCAAGUUCCAGGAGCAUCGGGUGCCGGUCCUCGUGCAGCAGAUACUCAAACAGGUGUCUCAAGAGGAACUGAAGAUGUUCGUGAAGGCCUUCCUGCUGGAGACGAACUCGACGGCCGUGCGUUGGCAGGCGCACGCUCUGCUACUAGCUAUAUACAACAACUCGCCGCCAGCCGAGCAGGCGUCGCUAGUGUCCCUUCUGUGGGGCAUUUGGCCAACGCUACCCCAAUAUGGACGCAAGGCGGCACAGUUCGUUGACCUCUUGGGGUACUUCACGCUCAAGACCACGGAUAUCGACACCGAGAAAUACGUUGGCAGCGCGGUAGACCUGCUUCGCAGCCAGAACCAGCUCCUAUCCAUGCACGGCAACGCGUCCCUGUACGCCGCUCUCGGCGCCUACGUGGAGCUCGACGGCUACUACUUGGAGUCCGAGCCGUGCCUGGUCUGCAACAACCCCGAGGUGCCCAUGGCGACCAUCAAGCUGCCCACUAUCAAGAUCGAUUCAAAAUUCACAACGACCACCCAGAUAGUGAAGCUGGUGAACAGCCACAUGAUCAGCCGCAUCAGCCUGCGCAUCGGCGACAUCAAGCGCAGCAAGAUGGUGCGCAGCAUCAACUUCUACUACAACAACCGCACCGUGCAGGCGGUGCAGGAGCUCAAGAACAAGCCUGGCAUGUGGCACAAGGCAAAGCGUGUGCAACUCCAGUCCGGUCAAUCGGAGGUCCGCGUCGACUUCCCGCUGCCGAUCGUCGCGUGCAACCUCAUGAUGGAGUACGCCGACUUCUAUGAGAACCAGCAGGCCACAGGCGAAUCCCUGCAAUGCCCUCGUUGCUCGCAAUCUGUACCGGCAAACCCAGGCGUCUGUGCCAACUGCGGCGAGAACGUGUUCCAGUGCCACAAGUGCCGCGCUAUAAACUACGACGAGAAGGACCCGUUCCUGUGUCACGCCUGCGGUUUCUGCAAAUACGCCAAAUUCGACUACACGCUCACCGCGCGCCCCUGCUGCGCCGUGGACAACAUCGAAAACGACGAGGAACGCAAGAAGAUGGUGCAGACCAUUGGUGCGCUGUUGGAUAAGGCCGACCGCGUGUACCGCCAGCUGGUCGCCAACAAACCCGUGCUGGAGUCCCUUGUGCACAAGAUAAGCGAGCACCGCCUGGAAGGGCGCCCCGGCGACGAGAACAGCAAUGCCUCCACCACCUCCUUCGGCGGCGCGCAGAUCAACCGAGUGAUCCAGACCCUCGCGCACAAGUACUGCGUCGACAGCAAGGGGCACUUCGAGGACUUGUCCAAGAUCAUACAGAAGGUGUUGGCUUGCAGGAAAGAACUAGUCGCCUACGAUAGAUCUCAGAGUGAACAACUGAAGGGAGAUACUCUACCAGUAUACGCUGGUUUGGUGCAAAACUAUGACGGAGAACUUACCAAAGAAUCAGGCGGCGGCUGCUACGGCUGCUCGCUGGCCUGCGCCGAGCACUGCCUGACGCUGCUGCGCGCGCUCGCCUCGCAGCCCGAGCACCGCGCGCGCCUCUGCCGCUUCGGGCUCGUGCAGGAGCUGGUGCAGCACAACCUGCACCGGGGGACCCCUCAGUGCCAAGAAGAAGUGCGCGCGCUGAUCUGCCUGGUGACCCGCGACCACCUGCCGGCGACAGAGUCGCUCUGCAGCCUGCUGUCGCAGCGGAUCACGCUUUCGCUCAUGGGGCAUGCCGCCUCGCAAGAUCUCAACAACUCGGUCCGUCCGCUAGUCCUGCUCCUGGGCUCCCUCGUGAAGGUCCAAGACGGCGUGGAAUGCUGGGAGGUCCGCCUCCGCUGCGUGGUCCGCCUGUGGGUGUGGUGCUGCCCGCAGCUCACCGAGGUCGCCGGGCUGCCGUCCGCCGCCAGUGUCAUCCUCAAGCCGGAGGCUCUAGCCGGCAUACCGGGCAUCAACACGUCGUCACCUAACUCGCAUCAAUUCGCCCUACAACAAGUCGCGCUCCCAUGCUUACGCUACAUGCAGCAAUUGAUGGCGCCCGUGCCGCCCGUCGUGUCCGCCAACGGCCAUGCUGACGCCAAGGAGGCUAAGCCGGAAAUCGCUUCAGUGUCCUCCUCGGCCGCGACAGGCGCCCUAACCGCGUCGACCGGCAGCGUGGUCGUGGACCUGGCCGGGUGGCUGGCCGGCGACGUGACGCACAAGGAAUGGCAGCGGCUGGUCGCGCCGCCCGCCGAGAUCGCGCAGCGCCCGCCGCGCGCCGCCUACAUCUCGCACAAAUACGUGGCGCGCUGGAGGGAGAAGAUGUUGCUCUCGCACGGCAUGCGCCCGCUGUCUCUCGAGGACGGCGGCUGGCUGCGGCCCGUCAUGUUCGAGCCGAGCUCGCGCAUCGCGCGCGACACCGCCUGCCAGAUGGUCAAGUCGCUGUGCGACUCGUACGAGCGCAGCAAGGCUGUCCUGAUCCUGCUGACCAGCUUCCUGCCAGAAGUCGGUGCCGCUGGCGAGGCCAGUGAGCAAUUCCUACAACUAUACCAAAGUCUGGCGUCCGAAGCGCCGUGGAAGCAGUUCCUGGCGCUGCGCGGCGUGCUGCAGCAGAUUGCCGACCUCAUGACCAAGGAGAUCGACCAGCUACACCGGCUCGAGGAGACCACGCUCACUUCGGACUUGGCUCAAGGUUACGCGUUAAAGCGCCUCACUGAGCUCCUAGCGAUGUUCCUGGAGGAGCCCGGCGCGCGGCGUACGUACAAGGGCCGGCUGGUGGGCGCCGUGCUCGGCGGGUACCUCUCGCUGCGGCGGCUCGUCGUGCAGCGCACGCGGCUCACCGACGACACGCAGGAGAAGCUGCUCGAGCUGCUCGAGGAGAUGACCACGGGCACAGAAACAGAGACGGCAGAAUUCAUGGCGGUCUGCAUCGAGACCGUACAGAAAUACCCGCUCCACGACUACCGCACCCCCGUCUUCAUCUUCGAGAGGCUCUGCUCCAUCAUCUACCCCGAGGAGAACGACGUGGGCGAGUUCUUCCUCACGCUGGAGAAGGAUCCGCAACAAGAGGACUUCUUACAGGGCCGGAUGUUAGGCAACCCGUACUCCUGUCUCGAGCCCGGCAUGGGCCCCCUGAUGCGAGACGUGAAGAACAAGAUCUGCACCGACUGCGAGCUGGUGGCGCUGCUGGAAGACGACAACGGCAUGGAGCUACUUGUGUGUAACAAGAUCAUGUCGCUCGACCUGCCCGUCAAGGAGGUUUACAAGAAGGUGUGGUGCACAUCGGGCGAAGGAGUCGACGCGAUGCGCGUCGUGUACAGAAUGCGAGGCCUGCUAGGCGACGCUACGGAAGAAUUCGUGGAGACGCUCUCCCAGACUAACGCGGAGACGGUUGACGAUGAACAGGUCUACAGGAUGGCGAACGUGCUGGCUGACUGCGGCGGUCUAGAAGUGAUGCUGCAACGCCUCGCAGCCAUUCAGCGAGUAGGCGCCGCGCGUUCCCUCUGCUCAACUCUACUACGAUUGCUAGGGCUAUGCGCGCGCGUGCGACGCUGCGUGCGCGUGCUGACUCGCGCUAGCACGCGAGCGCUGCCUGUGCUGCUGCACGCGUUGCAGUUAGCCGCUGAUGAGGAGAAGGACUUGCCGCGGGCGUUGCUUGUCUACCAGCUGUUGGAGAUAAUGGAGCGUAUUCUAUCUGUGGCGGCGAGCGAGAGCCUUGAGUCUUUCCUGCAGUUCUCGCUGACUUUCGGCGGACCGGAGUACGUCCAGGCGUUGCUCAACUGCACAGACAAUCCAGGAAUCCGCAGCAACUCCGUAGCCCUCGGGCACCUGACGCGAGUCCUCGCUGCGCUCGUCUACGGCAACGACCUCAAGAUGGCGAUGCUCGUCGAACACUUCAAACCGGUCUUCGUCUUCGACAAACUAGACUCUGAGCAACUGACUGAGGAAGAAUUCCGUAUGGAACUGUUCUGCGUGCUCUGUGCUAAUAUAGAGAGGAAUUCUAUUGGAGGAACGCUCAAGGACUAUCUGAUAUCGUUGGGAGUUGUGAGGGAUGCUUUGGAGUAUAUUGUGAAAAACGCACCGUGCGUGAAACCCACACUAGUUUGCAACGACUCUGACGAGCUAAAAGAGUUCAUCAGUCGACCUGCGCUCAGAUACAUCCUCCGCUUCCUAACCGGACUUGCGGCCGACCACGAGCCCACCCAGAUGCUAGUAUGCGAGAAAGUGAUCCCGAUAGUCCACCGACUGGAGCAGGUGUCGUCCGGCGAGCACGUCGGCUCGCUCGCCGAGAACCUGCUCGAGGCGCUCAAGUCGCAGCCGCAGUGCGCCGCCAAGGUGCAGGAGGCGCGCGAGUUCACCCGCCAGGAGAAGAAGCGUCUUGCGAUGGCGGUGCGCGAGCGGCAGCUGGGCGCGCUCGGCAUGCGCAGCAACGAGCGCGGGCAGGUCACCGCGCAGUGCUCGCUCACGCAGCAGGUCGCCGACCUGGCCGAAGAGGCGGGCGCCGUCUGCUGCAUCUGCCGCGAGGGCUACAAGUACCAGCCCACCAAGGUGUUGGGCAUCUACACAUUCACGAAGCGCUGCCCGGUGGAAGAGUUCGAGGUGCGCGCGCGCAAGACGCUCGGCUACACGACCGUGUCGCACUACAACAUCGUGCACGUCGAGUGUCACAUGGCGGCUGUGCGGCUCGCCCGCGCCAGGGACGAGUGGGAGAGCGCGGCGCUGCAGAACGCAUCGACGCGCUGCAACGGGCUCCUGCCUCUGUGGGGGCCGCACGUGCCCGAGUCCGCCUUCGCCAGCUGCCUCGCGAGGCACACCACCUAUCUUCAGGAAUGCACCGGGCACCGCGACAUCAGCCACACGUGCACCAUCCACGACCUGAAGCUGCUACUGUGGCGGUUCGCGCGAGGCAGGACCUUCCACGACGACACCGGCGGCGGCGGCCCGCUCUCCAACAUGCAGCUCGUGCCCGCGUUGCUGCACAUGGCCCUCUACGUGGUCAACACGUCGCGACUGGUAGCCCGUGAGGUGGCAGCACUGGAGACGUCGCUGGCGUGGGCGGCGGCGCGCCUGCUGUCCUCAGCGCACGACGCCGACGGCCCGCUCUACUACGCCACGCAGAUGCUCCUCGUGUACCCGCUCGUCAAAUGGAAAGCCCACAAGAUCGACACGCUAAAGCGCCUGCUAGUGAUCGGGCACGUCCGCGCCGUAGCCCCGGGCGGGCCGGCGCUGCGAGCCAUAGCGUUCAAGCACCGCGCGCCGCGCCCCUGGGCCGACUACAAGCCCUACGCGCUCUUCAUGGCGCUCAUCGACCAGCUCUACACCACCAUGUUCAAGUCCGUGAACGCCACAACCAUCGACCAGUGGUCCAUCAAACUGGCCGAAUACAUCCGAAACAACGACGAAGCGAACGCCAAAGCUGCCGAGCGGAUCGUCACAACCUUCACCGAUGAGCUGCUCCCGUGCGCCUCCUUCGCAGAGUUCUGCGACGCCGCCGGCCUGCUCGGCGACAUACCCGACCCGGACGCCUGGCUGCAGGCCCUCAUCAAUGAGCAACCCUGAUUCAGGGCGUUACAGGCGGUUCUGGAUAGGGCUGGGACGUCCCAUUGAACGCCUGUACACAUGUUAGGACGGUGUAGUGGGAAUAUAACCAGAAAAAGUGUCAUUGAAAAUGCUCGCGUGCAAUGCGUACUGGCGUGCGGCGCGCUAAUGGGUUAUUUGUGAAAUCUGAACGCAUCAAAGGGCAACACUAGCGUCUUUUGAGCGUCGGCGUCUUGUCGGCGCUAUGGAAAAUGGCGUCGCUGCGUAGUUGCGUCAGCCAUAAAGUUGACUAGACGCUGACGCCCGGGAAACGCUAGUGUUGGUGGCCCUAAAGAUUUCAAUUUCAGUGAUGAUUUUUUUGAGUUGUAUUUUUAUCUCUAAAUUACGUUCAGUAAUGGUCGAAUUACGAACCCUUCAAGUGUAAGGCUUGAUUUAAUUAACUGACGAAUAUUCUAAUCAAUACAAAAAUGACUUGAAGGGACAGAGAUUAGACGAUUAUACGACUGGUUAAUGUGUUCCUUUUACUGCACCUACUUUCAUUAUUGCUUGAUACUGGUGCAAGUUAUCAUUUCGUUACUGAUAUUAUAGCUGUCAUCAGCACCAAACUACUAAAGAAUCUGAAACUUUUGUAGGAGCAUAUUGUCAGUCUCUAUAACUGAAUUGUCUUUGGGAUAUACCCAAGCCGUGUUACAGUACCGGCCUGAGUUAGAAAUGUUGUGCACGUCUUCAAUAUGCAGUUGAAAUGUUAGCGUUGAUGUUUUUAUUAAUUUAAUCUAUUUAUAAUAUAUCUUACCGCUUGAAAUUAAAUUAAUGUUUAAUGUAUUUGGGGCUUUAGGCCGCCUUAUUCUGCUCUAAUAAAGGUUUUGAUUUUA